ACUUACUUACCCAUAAUGCUGUGUAACCGGAAGUGGUACGUCUCCUUUGGGGGGCGCUUGCAGCAAAGUGAGCUCGCGCGUUUGAAAAGGCGGGAGGGAGCGUCCGCCAUUUUGUUCGAAGUCCCCUUCGUGUCGGACACUAGACCACUUCGCGCCGGCAGGAAGCACAACUUUUUAGGCAUGGAUCACGCGUUUUACGUGGUGCAGUCGCCACCGGAAGACCCCACGAUCAGCCCGGAUUUCACGUAUAAGAUGUCUGAAGCCGAGCUGGUGAAGUUUGUGAGGUUACGGGCUGCAAACGAUGCGCUUUUCACUGGGAAGAGGAACACGUCAGUCAUUGCCUGGAGGGCCAUCCUGAAGGAGAUGGGGAUCCACAGGAAGAUGUCGACCAGUCAGGCAAGAAAGAAAUGGGAAAACCUCAAAAAGAAAUACAAGGAAAUGAAGAACCCUCCACCAGGCAUCACGGUGAACCCAACCAACUGGCAGUGGUUCUCCCUGAUGGAGGACGCCAUGGAGGGCAGGCUGAACGACAGCGAGGCCAUAGUGUCCACCAUGUCGCUGGGGGAGGACAGCGACUACCGCCCCGACAAACCCAGGAGACGGGGUCGCGACUCAUUCCGCAGUGACAUCGAGCUCCUCGUCGAUGGAGAAGACACGGGGCUCUCGGGUGACACAGGAAGAGAGCUGGGCAGCGACCGAGAUGACAUGGAGCACGAGAAGGCGCUGCUCGAGAGCGAUCGGUCGGCUCUAGAGAGCGAGAGGAUGGUGCUGGAGCGAGAGAAGAUGGUCCUGGACAGGGAGAGAGCCGGGCUGGAGAGGGAGCUCGCUGCGCUGGACCGGGACAGGGCGUCCCUGGAGAGAGAGAAAGCCGCCGUGGAGCGGGACAGAGCCUCAGUGGAGCACGAGCGUGCUCAGCUGGAGAAGAAGAGGGCUGAGAUGGACAGAGAGAGAGCAAGGCUGGAGAGAGACAGAGCAGCACUGGAGAGACAGAGAGCAGGCAUCGGAGGGGACGCAAUCGACAGUCAGGAGGGACCCGAGAAAGCUGCGGCCGAGGAGGAAAUGGAGCUCGCGUCCAUACAGAGGAGACAGAAAUUCCUCGAUUUAUUCGAGAAGCUGAUUGAAAACUUCUGAAAGGUUCUAGAAGAGUUGGCUUCUUGAUAUUCUGAGUGUAUUUUUUUUUUGGGGGGGGGCGCAGAAGAUGCUGUAUAAUUUGCCAUGCUUGAAUUUUUUUGUUUGUUUUUUGUGAUAUCCUACUGAUGUGAACGGCAGAUGUGAUCAGGGUCUGAGUUUGAGUUUUCCUGAGCUGAGGCUGUCAAUGAAAAACGUUAAGCCACCUCUGUUUUGGAGAGGUCAUCCAAACAACUUUUAUUCAAUUGUGGUAUUUCCAUACAAAGCACAUAAGAACCAGGUUCAGCAUCUCUCGCCCUCACACAGUACAGCAGCUCUGAAGCGUUCACCUGAAGGCUUUUGCCCCGUGUACAAAACAACAGAGAGGAAAAAAUGUUUUGAUUAAUUAUAUACCAAAUAUUGCAGUUCAUGUGGAAAAAUCAUGAUUUAUGUUUUUAUAUUACAAUACAAACUUUACAACAAAAAUGUUUAUGUUGAUGCUUCUUUUAUUGCAUUAGAUAAUAAAUUUUACCUUUUGAAAAUUCA